CUUCAUGUCAGGAGAAGGAGGAAUGCUAUGAGCAGGUUUUCCCAGGCACGCAUCCCACCACCAGGAGCAUAGCCACACCUCUUGUUCCUGCCCAGCAGUACGCAGAGGUUUAAGCGGGAAGUCCAGCCCUUAAAAGCCUCCUUCUACAGCAGCCAGCGUCAGCCUCCAACACACACACACACACACACACACCCUCUUUGAAACUUUCAGCUGUGACCGGACUUUUUAAAAAUCCUCUGUACUUUUUUCGACCAGCUUGUCUAUCAGGAUGGCUGGAUCCAAGUCCUCACACACGAUGCGCAACAUUGUCGUCGGUAUUCUAGCACUUUGGUCGAUCAUUUCGCUCAUCAUCAUUGUGGUGUGGGCCACCUCACCGGACUUGAAGGGGGCCAAGGAGUGUAAUAACAGCCUGAAGGCCCUCAGGGACAAAUAUGCUGAAGAAAACAACGCAUGGCUCAAGGACCGGCAGGCACUGGAAGAGAUGGCGAGGCAGGGCCGCAUCAACCAGAGCCUGCUGCUGACUCGCAUAGACCUGCUGAAAGACGAACUGAGACUCCUCAAUCAGUCCCUGGACUUGAGUCUGCAAGAGAACGACAGGCUGAAUGAAAACAUCACUGUGCUAAAGGGUGAGAUCGAGCUGCACAAAGCCAUUGAGGCCAACCUAACUGCAAAUAUCACAGAGCAGCAAGAGCUGAUUGAACUACUGCAGCAUAAUCUAACCCAGAAUUCCAUCGACCUGGAUUCAUGCACAAGCAUGCAGAAGGCUGCUCAGAAUCUUCAAAUAGCAGCUGAGAAGAAAACCGAGGGCUGCCAGUCCAGCAAGCAGUUCUUACAGAAGAAACUAGAAAAGUGCAAAGGCACGACCCAGCCUACAUCUGAAAACGAUGGACCCCCUGGACCAAGAAGUGGUGUUUUCCUGGUCGGACUUUUGUCCAUCAGCAUUCUUUUAAUACCAUAGCCAAGCUGCACAGAGAGCUUGAAUAAAAUAAUUGGAUACAUAUUUCAGUACAACACUGUUUCAAGAUACCCGAAUGACGUGUGCAGUUAACCUGGACUUGAAGCACAUGUUACUUUUGUAUGGAAAAGCACUGCUGUAAAACAAACAGGAACAUUCUGUUCACUAAAUAAGGAUAUUCCUGCAAGAGUUAUUUACCCUGGAGGGGACUAAAAGGUUGUUUUUUUUUUUUGUUCCUGUGAUACAAAAAAAUUUUUUUUCCUUCUGUACUGAAUUCAAAUAAGCCAUAAAGCAUUAUUAUUAUUAUUAUUAUUAUUAUUAUUAUUAAGCUUAAAAUUACAUAUAGUCUGAAGUGGGCUAUUAAUUUAUAAUAACGUUAUCAGAAAGGUGGGAGAAAUAGAUUUUUUGUACUGCUAAAAAGUUAAAACCUGCUAAAAAUAUAACGUAUGAUGGUAUAUGACAGAAAUAAUGACGUUUAUAUGACAGAAACAAAUGUGUCUCAGCUACCACUGUAUGUUUAAACUCCUGACACACGUUUGUGCUUUUCUCUUAUUGAUUAGAGCAAAAAAAAAAAAAAAAUCAGCUUAAUCUGCAUUAUCUAUUAUUUGGAUCAUUUCUGGCUUUACAAACAAAAUAAUAAUAAUCUUGCAUUACUAAUGUAUUUAAAAUUUUAAUGUAUUUUUAUCUCUGGCCUUGAGAUAAUACAGAUGCACAUUUUGGUGGUUUUUACAGCUCCAAUACUUGACCAUCUAUUGAUUGCUGGGGGCUGAUUUUAAAGGUUUUAAAGCCUGUUGUGUUUGCACUGUUAACAACAUUUAACAGCAGCGAUGUUUUUUUAACCUCUUAUAUGUGUAACACAGCCUGUAUUCUCUCUCUCUCUCUCUCUCUCUCUCGCAUCUUUGUCACUGUUGCAUUAAGAAUUUCUCCAGGAUCUAAAGAUGAUCCUUUCUACCACAACGACUCUUCAUAGUCAUUUAAUCUCACUGAUUAUCUCACUCAUUUAAACUCAUUUGAUUGUCCUUCAAAUCUCAUUUUAAUAACUCAUCUGGUGCCACCUAAAAAGUUAAACUCAACUUAAACAGUUUUCAGAGACUGGUCUUCUUGCAGACUCGCCUGCAGGAGCUGAAACUAGACCUAACUAUUUCUGACAGAAAACACAGAAAACAAAUGCUGUAGUGCAUAGCUCAUUAAAGCUAACAUCACACAGAAAUUAUGCACAAUAGACCAAAGUGGAUUCAACUCAGUCUCACAUAACUUUACAAACGCUGGAAUCAUUUAAUAUGAAAAGCUGGAAUGUGAGCACUAUGAAGAAAAAUAUAUAACAAAACAAAACAAAACAAAACAAAAAAAAAAACACUUGUCUGUCUGUGUGUGAUACCUAGGCCUGAGGAAGAACUGUUUCUAACCAAUAUAUUUUGAUCAAAUUGAACUAAUUCUCACAUCAUGAGCUCUCAGUAAAGCUCUAAAUGCUGAAUGUGUUUCAACUGCAAACAAGAGAUUUAUUCUAACAACACUGUCAUUAGGUGGGCAUGUGGCUUAGGGAUCCACAGAUCGAAUUCACAUUUGUAUCUGUAUUGAUGUAGUGAUGUCUAUAUACAUGCUAUUUUACUUCGAAUUUUGUUCAUCCACUCUCUUUCCACCUUCCAAAGAUUGGAAUUUAUUCCUGGAACAAAACAAACAAAGUACUGUUAAAAUGGGACACUUCCCAGAAGUGAGUUGGGCUCUAGCUCAAACUAGCCGAUGCAAGAUAAGGCUUAGUAUCUGUUGUUUGGCUUCAGAGCCUGGAAGAGGAAAAAAUAUGGGUGUGAUCACUGAAAAUGAGUGUAUUGGAAUUAUUGUUGAAAUAAACUAUUAAAAAUUAAAGAA